AUGGCUUCUAUUUCCGGCAUUUGCUCUUCCUCUCCCUCUCUCAAGCCGCGCCUCCGCCCGGUGGCCGCGGUGACGGCGAGUCUGCUGCGCCGCGACUCCGUCUCGUUUCCUGUCCUGCCCAGGCCCGGCGAUCGGAGCUUGUUUGCUGCUUCCGUGGCGCGGGAGGUCUCGGCGGAGCUGGCCAAGAGCGACGGCGGCGCUGUGGCGGAGGAGGAGAAGAAGAAGGUGCUGGAGAAGGAUUCGAGGGCGCUGUGGCGGAGGUAUCUAGACUGGCUGUACCAGCACAAGGAGCUCGGGUUGUAUUUGGAUGUGAGUCGGGUCGGGUUUACUGACGAGUUCGUUGCGGAAAUGGAGCCCCGGUUCCAGGCGGCGUUUAAGGCCAUGGAGGAGCUGGAGAAGGGAGCGAUUGCGAAUCCCGACGAGGGGAGGAUGGUCGGGCAUUACUGGCUGAGGGACCCCAAGCGCGCGCCGAACUCGUUUUUAAGGGUUCAGAUUGAGAACACUCUUGAGGCGCUGCUUAAGUUCUCCGGCGACGUCGUCAGCGGUAAGAUUAAGCCGCCGUCUUCUCCGGCGGGGCGGUUUACUCAAGUGCUUUCGGUUGGAAUCGGAGGCUCGGCGCUUGGGCCACAGUUUGUUGCUGAGGCAUUGGCGCCGGAUGUUCCUCCUCUUAAGAUACGAUUCAUUGACAAUACCGAUCCAGCAGGAAUUGAUCAUCAGAUUGCGCAGCUAGGUGACGAGUUGUCUUCUACGCUUGUAAUUGUGAUUUCAAAGAGUGGAGCUACUCCUGAAACUAGAAAUGGUUUACUUGAAGUACAGAAGGCCUUUCGUGAGGCUGGCCUGAGUUUUGCAAAACAGGGUGUGGCUAUAACUCAAGAAAAUUCAUUAUUAGACAACACUGCUAGAAUUGAGGGGUGGUUAGCUAGAUUCCCCAUGUUUGACUGGGUUGGUGGAAGAACAUCUGAGAUGUCUGCAGUUGGUCUUCUUCCAGCAGCGCUUCAGGGAAUUGACAUUAAAGAAAUGCUCGCUGGUGGAAAGUUGAUGGAUGAGGCUAAUAGAACCACUAUGCUUAAGAAUAAUCCUGCUGCCUUGCUUGCUUUAUGUUGGUAUUGGGCUACUGAUGGGUUGGGAUCCAAGGAUAUGGUUGUUCUUCCUUACAAGGACAGCCUACUAUUAUUUAGUCGGUAUUUGCAGCAGUUGGUUAUGGAAUCUAUUGGGAAAGAAUUUGACCUUGAUGGUAAUCGGGUGAAUCAAGGACUUACAGUGUACGGAAAUAAAGGGAGCACGGAUCAGCAUGCAUACAUCCAACAAUUGAGAGAUGGCGUGCACAAUUUCUUUGUGACAUUCAUUGAAGUACUACGAGAUAGGCCUCCCGGUCAUGAUUGGGAGCUUGAACCAGGUGUCACAUGUGGUGACUACCUAUUUGGAAUGCUACAGGGAACACGAUCGGCUCUUUAUUCUAAUGACCGAGAGUCGAUUACAGUUUCUGUGGAAGAAGUAACACCUAGAUCUGUAGGUGCUCUUAUAGCACUUUAUGAGAGAGCGGUAGGGAUUUAUGCCUCACUUGUCAACAUUAAUGCUUACCAUCAACCUGGUGUUGAGGCCGGGAAGAAAGCAGCAGGAGAAGUAUUAGCUCUUCAAAAGCGGGUUUUACAAGUACUUAAUGAGGCCAGCUGUAAAGAGCCUGUCGAACCAUUGACGCUAGAGGAAGUAGCCGAUCGGUGCCACUCUCUGGAUGAUAUCGAAAUGAUCUACAAGAUCAUAGCUCACAUGGCGGCCAACGACAGAGUUCUUAUUGCUGAAGGCAGUUGCGGUUCACCACGGAGCAUCAAAGUUUUCCUCGGCGAGUGUAAUGUGGAUGCAUUGUAUUCUUGAUCUCUUUCAUCUCCAAUCCCUAUGUGCCAUAGAAAAACAGAACAGAAAAGAGAGUACAGCAAUGUGCCAUAAAAACAGAUUAGCAAGCAUGUAUUUGAUUUCAGUCCCAUUGUAUCUUUGUCUUUGUUCAGAGUGGAGAAUCUGGUUUAAAUUAAACGUGGAAAUAAAAUUCCAGUAUGAGGCUCUCUGUCAUUCAGACUAUUACAGUUUCUAGACGAUGUUGGGGAAUAAGCUGGUUUAACAGAAAUAUUAUACUAAUAAUAUUGGAAUAUUAGGGUC